UUUUAGUCAGCUGGUGCUCGUACACGUUGAAUAAAUUUGCAUGAUGUCGAUAAGCUCGAGACCAUGUGCGCCUCUAGUAAUAACAUUAAUGAUAAUAUUGUCCAACUUGUGAUUGCAUUAGUUUUAAUUGUGUUGAGCGAAAAUGAGUUCUAAACAACAUGUCUCAAGUGCCGUCAGACAUUCUGUUUCUGUCCAACAUCUCGUUUUCGUUAUUAAUCUCAUUUUUUUCGGCAAAGCUCCUCCAUUAUUCAUCCAAAAAUAUAUAUGCAGUGGGUUGAUCCUCUUAAUUUUACGUGUCCUAAGGGCGAAUGUGCUCGUGAAGAAAAUGCAGUUUAGGAUACAUACUCGAGACGUGGUGGGGACUAGAUGUGAUCUCAAGGUUAAUGAUCCCAAUCGAUCCGUUUGGAUUUCUUCGAAGUGGUUGAACUCUUUACUAAUUAAGGAUGGACAAUGGGUCUCACUCAGACUAGAAGCCUGUAGUAGCGACGAAGAUAAGAGAAAAGUGUUAAUCCCGAGUGAUUCAGCACCACCUGCAUACUCAUUUCCAUGCAAAGUCUAUGAAUCUAAAAACCACGCCGACGACGGGAGGAAUGAUGAUCCAUCAAUUACAAUGACACACACGGGUUUGCACAAUUUGGCGAGAGAUGUUGGAUUGUCCCCUUGUGACCUAUUCUACGCUAAUAAUAACUAUUCCACUAACAUAAAAUGUAGAAUGACUGCACUAACUAGCAGUGGUAAUGGUGAUAACGCUCUGAUAAAAAAAGCUGCCUUUUCUCCGGAAAAGGCCAAAACAGUUAAACUUGUCGGGAUCAAGAAAGUGGCAAAGUUGGGUGUAGAAGAGGAUGGGAAAGAGGGAUCUGGUAGAAAUUUGGUCGACAUGAUGCUCAAAGAUUGGUUCCACGAUCCGAAAUAUUUCAGCGUGGGAGAUGUCCUGACGUGUUCAGCGUCUACUGAAGAAGGGGGAGGCGAAAUUCCUGAAUUUUUGGUCAAGGAAAUUAACGGUGAUCAGAAUAGCGCUAAAUUGUUCUGCGUUUCGUCGUCCUGGACAAGCUUGGUUCUGGCAGAACAAGAAAUAAACGACUUUCAUAUUCCAACUACGUUCUUUGGGGCGAACGACUCCAAAACUCGACCCCUACCGCCCCCCUUGCAAAACCACCUCCAUCAAAUCAUGUACUCAUUUUCAGCUGCAGCAAUAGCAGUAUCGAAAUCCAUGAAAAAUAAUGCUUCACUUACACCGAUGAUGAAGAUGAUUCAUGAUGAACUUUGGCCAACCACACUGCUUUGUGGACCGGGGAAAUUUCCCAUAGUUUAUAAAGCAGCUAUGGGAUUAGGGCUGAAUUUUCAUGGGGUGAAUGCCGUUAACUUUGUUGGGGACACUAGUGCGUACACGGAAGCAAAGCUGAAGGCGUUGAAAGAAAAAAUAAAGGCAACUGCGCCUUGCCUUGUAUACAUUAAGAAUAUUCAUGUUCUCGGCAAGGAUAAAGAAGGUCAUGAGGACAAGAGAGCGAUUCUCGCAUUUCGUGAAAUCUUGUCAGAUUUGAAAUCCGAUCCAUUGGCAAGACAGAUUGAGUCUAAAAAUGAAGAUAAUAAUGUUACACGAAAGGCGAAAACUUCCUAUUACCCGACAUUUCUUAUUGGAAGCACGUCCACAUCCACAGAAUUAGCAGGUGCUAUAAGGGACUGUUUUGUGAAUAGAAUAGAAACAGACGUGGGCAAAUGGGACGAUGUUAAAUCCACAAUUGAAUGGUUUCUUCAGAAAUAUGAUCAGACACUAGACUGUGAUAUUUCUAAGUGGACAGACACACAUUUUUCUGGAUCUCAUCUAAAUUUAGCAGAUUAUAAUGCAAUUUUCGCCAUUACAAAUAGGGAGCAAUAUAAAGAAAGCAGGCUAAUGAUCCCAAACUACGAUGAUGACAUCACAACCAUAAAACCACACGCAGAAAUGUCUAAUCUGGUUAAAGAAUCUCAUUUGAAUUUCGGACAUGGUGCGGUGAUCGCAGUUUUGAAGGGGACUAAUAAUUCUGGACCAAAGAUUCCGAACGUGACGUGGAAAGAUGUGGGUGGACUUUCCUCAAUUAAGUCAGAACUGAUUGAUUCCAUCCAGUUGCCGUUGCAAUUCCCCAAAUUAUUCUCUUCUGGCAUCAAGCGUUCAGGAAUGCUGCUUUUUGGACCUCCAGGAACAGGAAAAACCUUGAUUGCGAAAGCAGUUGCGACCGAAUUUAAGCUGAAUUUUCUCAGUGUGAAGGGUCCAGAAUUACUGAACAUGUAUGUUGGACAAAGUGAGCAGAACGUACGCGAAGUAUUCGAAAAAGCGAAAGAAGCUGCGCCGUCCAUCCUCUUCUUUGAUGAACUCGACUCUUUAGCCCCAAAUAGAGGAAAGAGUGGGGAUUCUGGGGGUGUGAUGGACAGAGUUGUCUCCCAAAUUCUUGCCGAGUUAGAUGGAAGCCACAGCACACCGGGAGUGUUCAUAAUUGCAGCAACUAAUCGUCCAGACCUUAUUGAUCCGGCUCUACUCCGUCCUGGGAGAUUUGACAAGCUGCUGUACGUGGGUAUCAAUGAGGACAAAGAGGACAAAAUACGGAUUUUGACAGCUUUAACCAGAAAGUUUUCCUUGGGAUCUUCUGUUAGUUUGGAUGGCAUUGCUGACCGGCUGCCUUCUGGAAUGACUGGAGCUGACCUGUAUUCUUUAUGUGCAGACGCUUACAUGGAAGCCAUUUCUAGACUAAUCUCCCAAGAGGAAGAGCAAAAACCCAUUAUUCAAGAUGACAAAUUGGCUAUUUUGGACCGGAUUUACGAAACGGCUGAAAAUAUAGAUGACGGAAUCUGGAGUGAGACUGGUGGUGGAGUUUUUGUGGAGCAGACCGAUUUUCUGCUAGCUUUGAGUCGAGCAACCGUCUCACUUUCCCGAGAGGAGCAGAAUAGAUACCAAAACCUCAAGAAAUCCUUAGCUGGACAGUGAUCACAAGAUGCAAAAUACUCUCGUAAAGUGAUGUUAUUUUUAAUUUCUUCUUCUUUAGUUUACUUGUGACACAUUUUUUAACUUAUAUCACGAGUCGAUUGCCAUUAAAUCAAAAAUAAUAGUAUACAGAAGGAACUUUCUACGUGACAUACUCGUAUCAUGUACAAAAUAAAAAACAAUACAACUAUUAGAUGAUUUUGAAUCUAUAUUUGAUUCGUAACAAAAAUUGUAGGUUAAUUAUUUAGUCGAGAGAAAUAAUAAAUUGUUAAAAAAUUACUUCCUUGAA